AUGCUUAAUUAAAAGAGAGAAAUUUUCAGAAUUAAUAUUAGACAAUAAAAGCAUUAAGAAAUUUUUCAAUAAAAAAGAAUUCUCUCUCAAUAAAAAGAACAAGAAUAUUCAUUUUAAUAGUUGAUAGAUGCAAUGGAUAAAGCUAAAAUUAUUACUUUAAGAAAUUUAGUUGAAUUAAAUGGUUAUUUAUAAUACUUUACUUAAAAAAAGUUAACAAUUGAACAAAUUUUAUUGAUUGAAAGUAAUGCUAAUAAUUUAAUGCCAAUUUUAACAAAUCAUAUAGUAUAUAAUGUGAAUGAUUUAACAAAAGAAAUAUUAAAACUUUUAGUUAAUCUAACCCAAUUUUCAGAGAAGAUUUCCAUCAAUUUGUUAAAAUAUAGCUGUUCUGACUGUAAUAUAAUUCAAAUAUUAUCAAGUUUUAUUUUAAAUAGGAUAGAAGUGAUUGAAACUCUUAAUUUGUUGAUGAAUUUAUGGUCAAAUUCUAACAGUCAUUAAAUAUAUGAUUAAAAUCUAAUAUAAACAAUUGAUGCAUUUCUAGAUAUUUGUAUUUCUAUAAAAGAUAAUAUGAAAAUUCUAUUAAUUUCAAAAUGUUUAAAGAAUUACCUUCAAAAUAUAAGUGAUGAAAAUAUUUUUGAAUAUGAAUAUUUAAUUAAUAUAGUAAGAAAACUUCUAAACUAUGGAAUUUAAGAGACUUCUGAUUUUAUAGAUGUUUAAAUAGAAGCAUAUUGCUCAAUUGUUUAAGUUUUUAACCAUAAUUUUGUAAUUCAAGAUUUGAAUAUGAUUUUAAAUCUAUUAGAUUAUUGUAUGAAGAGAACAGAAUUAAUAGAAAUUGUUACUAGAAUAUUUUCAUAUUUUAGUAUUAAUGAACCUGAUAGUUUUUAUGAGAAAUUGAUAAUAUCUGUAAUUUACUUCAGUAAGCACAUUAUUAAAUCUUCUCUUAAUGAACAAAUACCAUGUAUAUUAAAUUUAUGUAGUAUAAUUUUUCAUUAAUAAUGUGAAAAGAAUUAUAAUAUUUUGUGGCCUUUUUAUAAUGAUACUGUUAUAAUAAUGGAAAUCAUAAGACUUUAAGAAGAUUGUUAACCAAGAAAAAUAAGAGAAGCCUCGAUAAGAUGUAUUAAAAUAUUAAUUGAAAAUUCAAAUGAAAAUUAAAUUUAACUAUUAAUUUUUAGUAAAAUACAUCUAAAAUUGAUUGAUUUGCUAAAUGAUUUUUCACUUAAUUCAAGCUCAAUACUAUUUACUUUAAUUUCUUUAAAUAAUCUAAUAAAAAUAUAAAGAAAUAAAUGUCCUGAAUUUUUAGAACUCUAAAAUUUAAUAUUAUUAACAAAAUCUAAAAAUAAGGAUAUUUAAAAAUUAACUUAUGAAAUAAUAUAAUAAGUGGAAGAAAUUAAUUACAAUUUGAUGAGUAAUAUAUUACUAUGA